GAAUUUCAACUCCACUUUGCCAAUUCGAUGUACCCACAGGCCUACGCGGUUCAUCAGCACCAGGCUCAGGUCAUGAUGCCUGUGUUAACUCGAGACCACUUGGCCCUCCGCCUACGUCAAAACUUGAUGGAAAAAUAUCCCAUGGACACAUGCAGCAAUGGGGGUACGAAUAUUGAUGACAGCCUUACAAACUUAAACUGGCUUCUGAACCUUAACAUCGGGAAAGUUAACACGCAGACUCCGUCAUCAAACCCAAGAUCUAUCUUUAGAGAUUACAAUGAUAAUAAAGUGAAUCCGAACUCAGUUCUAAACGUGUCAAGUGGCCCUCCUCCCACCAAAAUGUUUGAAAGGAGACUUCUAUCACCCAACACGCACUUAAUGACUUCAACCAGUUUUGUGGGCGAUUCCAUAGACUACAAGACAAAUACAAAAGUGAAACCGCCUUACUCGUAUGCAAAACUUAUCUGUUUGGCUAUAAAGGAAACUGAGAACAGCAAGAUAACAUUGUCAGCAAUAUACAAAUGGAUUACAGACAAUUUUAUGUACUACAGAUCAGCAGAUCCAAGUUGGCAGAACUCUAUCAGGCACAAUCUUUCCCUGAACAAGUGUUUCCAAAAAGUUCCACGCAGAAGAGACGAGCCAGGCAAGGGAGGGUUCUGGAGAAUCAACCCAGAAUACAGGGACCUUAUUGAAAAUGGUGCGUUCAAGAAAUGUAGAAAUAGUCAGGAGGGGCAGACAACAAAUACAACCAGGUGCACUACGACAGAUGCUCAAUUUAGUUUAGAACGUGUUAAACAAGAGCCUAAUGAUAAUGGUGAUGACGUAGUUGGCUGCAGUCAACCUACAAAAAUUCGCAAACUUGACGAUGGAAACAGUGUAUUGCAAUUUGGUGCUAAUGAAGAGGAAGAACAUCUGAGAGAUGAUUUCAACUGGGCCGCAAUUCUCAAUCAAGAUAUAGAAAUUGGAGGAAUAAAAAUUAAAACUGAAGACUUAAUAGACACUAAUGACGAUGCUGCUAUUCCAAUCAUGGCAAUGAGUCCGCCAUCAUCCGAUUCAAACUCUGUUUCAGAAUUAGGUUUAGAUAAUCUUUUAGGUGAUACUGACUUUUCAAAUUCUGGAUCUUCAUUAGACUAUAAAGCAACAGACUGUUUGAGUCUCGCGGUGUUCGGGACUGGAAUUAAUUCUCCAGAUUGGUGGGCGGAUAGUUUUAAUGUCGGGGAAAGAGGGCUGUUACCAAAUAUCGACACUAUUAAGACGAAAAACGGACUGUAUACUCAGGCUCAUGAGUCAGACAUAUCAUGUCGCCCCUGCUCUGACCGCGUGGAAGUCAAUCUGGACACUCUCUUUGAAGACUGCUAUAGCCAUAUCUAUGGUUCAUGA